AUGUCAAUUCCUAGACUUGAAUUAUUAUCUGUACUAAUUGGAAAUUAUACAAAGCUACUUCCCAGAUUUAUACAAAAUCGCAUCGAAGAAAUAAGGAAAUCUAACUUCGAAUUAAAAUACAUACCAAGUGAUCAAAAUCCAAUCGAUAUAGCCACCAAAGGACUAUCACAAAUUAAACUUCAAAAUUGCAAACAAUGGUGGAAAAGACUUCGAUGGUUGGAGCUCAAGAAAUCUGAAUGGCCAAAGUACUUCGUUAUUCAGGAAACGAUGAAUUUGCAGAAGAUAUUGCUUUGA